UUGCAGCCUCUAACAAGUGUUUUUUUUUCCCAGGAUUUUCCUGUAUUUAUCUCCAUCCAUCUUCCCAUCAACUUUGACCAGGUUCCUGCCUCUGCUGAUGAACAGCCUCCUACAUCAUGAUGCUGCCAUCACCAUGUUUCACCAUGACAUGGGCACCUUCUUCCACAUGUUUGCUGUGUCCCCUACAUGUAUUGUGGGUGAGGUGAGUAAAUGGCUUGGCUCCACCCGCUGCCCUCUAAACCCUUUCAAAGCUCCUUAAGUCUGCCAGUUUUACUUCAGAGUCACGUCAAGGAUGAGCUUCGGAGACCGCUACACCGUGUCAUCUUACCGCAAGAUUUUCGGAAAUUCUCCCAGGUUCCCCACCUCAGCCUCCGGCAUGGGCAGCGCGGCUCCUCGGACCAGCCCAGGGUUCAGGGCUGUGGCUGCCCCCCACCACGGCGCAUCCUCCGUGGGCCUGUACAGACGGCUCGGACGGUCCUCCGCUCCUUUCUCGCUGGUACCGGCCGGUUCACUGGAUUUAAGCCAAACCUCGGUGGUCAACAACGAAUUCAAAGUGAUCAGAACCAACGAGAAGGAGCAGAUGCAGGGUCUGAAUGACCGCUUCGCCAUGUUCAUUGAUAAAGUCCGGCUUCUAGAGCAGCAGAAUAAAGUUCUGGAGACAGAGCUGUUGAGCCUUCGGCAGAAACACGGUGAGCCCUCCCGCAUCGGUCUUCUCUACCAGCAGGAGAUGAGAGACCUGCGCUCCCAGCUGGACGAGCUGAACAGGGACAAGGACCGUAUCCUGAUCGAGAAGAACAACAUGGAGGACGAGCUGCAGAAGCUCAGUGUGAAGUAUGAUGAGGAGGUGAUUGCACGUGAGGAAGCUGAGCAGACCCUGAGGUCUUUCAGGAAGGAUGUGGAUGAUGCAGCAGCUGUCCGCUUGGACCUAGAGAGGCGUGUGGAGUCGCUAAUGGAUGAAAUCUCUUUCCUGAAGAAGGUGCAUGAAGAGGAAAUGGAGGAGCUGAGUAAUAUGAUGGAGGCGCAGCAGGUCUCCGUGGAGCUCGAGCUCGCCAAACCUGACCUUACCUCGGCUCUAAAGGAGAUCCGCAGCCAGUACGAGUCCAUCGCCUCCAAAAACCUGCAGUCAGCAGAGGAGUGGUACAAGAGCAAGUAUGCAAGCCUUAGCGAGCAGGCCACCAGGAGCAACGAGGCCAUGAGGACCAGCAGGGAGGAGAUCAACGAGUUCAGGAGGCAGCUGCAGUCCAAGACUGUCGAGAUAGAGACCCUGAGGGGUGCCAACGAGUCUCUGGAGAGACAGGUUACCGAGAUGGAGGACACACAAAACGCUGAGGUCACAGCCAUGCAAGAUACGAUUAACCACCUGGAUACCGAGCUGAGGAACCUGAAGGGAGAGAUGGCUCAGCACCUGAGGGAGUACCAAGACCUCCUCAACGUCAAGAUGGCCCUGGAUAUCGAGAUAGCUGCUUACAGAAAGCUGCUGGAGGGGGAGGAGACUCACUUUAACUCUGGGGUGUCCUUCAGCACUGCCAGCUACAGCUACCAAGCUCGAGGCUCGACUGAAUCGUACAAAAGCAGCCAGAGGGAAAAAGGAGGAGCCAAGAAGGAAAGCUUCAAGGACAUCAGCGAGGACAAAGAAGAGGCAGACAUCAACUCCAACAACUAAACACUUUCAGGGGAACGAGGAGACCAGAUAUGCUCUGAAUCUACAGCUCCAGUCAAACGUUUACACCCAAUCAUGAGCAUGAAUGCUACAAUUUAGGAUUAUUAUACAAUUUUAAAACAAGAAUUGGGUGCACAAGUCUAAAUUUAUUUAAUGUCCCUUAGCCAGUUUUAUCUGAACACCAUUUUGGUAGCGAUCAGCAAGCAUCUGGCAUAGUUCUGGUUGGAUAUUUGAGCAUUUGUCUUGACAGAACUAGUUGGUUUCUUGGCACAAAGCCAGCUUUGGAGCAUUUCCCACACGUUUACGACAGAGCUGGGGUCGGAGCUAUUCAAAGGCCAUUCUCAAAGAUUCAAUGUCUUCCUUAUCCAUCACAAAACCAGUUUUGCUGUGUGUUUGGUUGUGCUGACUGAGAGAUGCCUGCUUCAAAAUAGACACUUUCAAACCCAGCUGAAGUUUGCAGCUUCCUACAUGAAUGAGCCGAAUGUCUUCAGCAGAAACUGUCAAGCAUGGUAGUGGCAGCAUCAUGCUGUGCUGCCAUUUUACUCCCAGUAGUACUGGUGGUUUGCACAAAGUGGAUGGAAUAAUAAAAAACAACCUCGUAUUUCUUCAAAAGUGGGCGGUACCUUGUAUGCUUUAAAUAAAUCUGGAUAACAUAAUAUUAAUGGCAUUUAUGGCCAUGAUGGGUGUAAACUUUACACUGGAACCAUACUCUCAGUUUAACAUUUUACAAAAUCUCAGAGCAACGUCAGGCCAAAAGAAUAAAACUUGGCAUGAACUUAGCACCACAUGAUGCACAACAGGACUGAGCAGAUAGUUUAUUUAUGUAGAACUAAUUCACAACAAAUACUGUCAAUUCAAACCAAUCCUACAGAUUCAAAAUCAAUGGAUCCUAGUUAUCAAGCAAUGCAGUCAAGUUCAGUUUAUUAUUCAAAUCGUAGCGACAGUAGACAGUCGCUUGCAAUCUGUUGUUGACUUUGCAGCAAUCCCUCAUACUGAGCAUGCAUGUAGCGACAGUGGAGAGGAAAAACUACCUUUUAACAGGAAGAAACCUCCAGCAGAACCAGAACCAGGCUCAGUGUGAGCAGCCAUCUGCCACGACACAAAAAACACAGAAGCACCGUUCCAGGAGUGCUUUCUAUGUUAAACAAAAAGUUACGAGUUAAUGGCAGUAGUAGCUCCUUCAACUAGGAGAGAAACACAGCACAGCAGGUAAGCUCCGAGCCAAUUGUCACAUCUGUAGGAUAAACGACUGGAAAUGCAGUUAGUCGCAAGAAACGCUCAGCCAAUGGCUGUCUAGGAGAUACAUGUAUGUAUCAGGAUUAAUAUCAACAGUAUUUUGUUUUAAACCCAUUAAUUGUACCUGAAGAAAAGAUUCUGAACAUAGUACUUGUAUAAUAAUGCACUUUAAUGUGAACUUGUUAAACUGUACAAAUAAAUAGAAAUUGGUCCAAUAUUUCUAAAUAGGACAGUUCCUGCUUUAUUGCUGUCAGAGGACUGAUGAGGUUUACAAUGUUUAGACAGUAAAUUGAGACUAUUGGACUUUGUUAUUCAUUUUGGCUUGUUUUAUAGCUUUCAGGUUAAUAUUAAUAACCGAUUCACUGAUAUCACACCUUUAGCUGAAACAGUUUUAACAUUUCUGAUAAUCCAAACUAUUUAUCCCAACAUGUAUUUGUAGUUAUAGAUGUUUUAGUCAAACUGCAGCUUGUGGAGGGGUGUAUUUAAAUAAAGAAAUCUUACUUUCAAA